CUAAGCUCGCACGCGAAUUGGAAAGGAAGAGAGCCGGAAAGUAGAAAUAGGUGAAAGUUGAGUUGACGUUGUUGAGUUGACGUUGUCAGAAAACGGAGACCCCCGUAAUCUCGUUCGCUGACUACCGUCGUCGCCAGAUCUCUCCCGCGAUGGCUGCCCCGCGUUCCCAGGUGCCCACCGAGAGGACGGAGAACUUCCGCGCCGCUGUCCAGAGGCAGGGUGGCGGUUUCAACAGCGAGCGGCUUGUCCAGCUGCUGAAGCAGUGGGAUCAGGACGGGGAUGGCAAGUUCGGCUUGGAGGAGGUGGUCAAGGCCGCCAGGGAGCUGGAGGGGGAGCAGAGGAAGAGCAGGAACCUCACCUGGGUGCUCGCCGCCUUCAUCAUACUCUACCUCGCCACUCUCGCCAUCUUCCUCGGUGGGAAGGAGGGAGGGAAGGAAGACCACAGAGGGACAGGACAGCAAACGGAUGAUGUGUGCGUUUCGUGUCGGUGUGUGUGUGAUACAGGCAUGACUGUAGCUGCCAAUGAGUUGUCCAAGGACUACCGUCCCGAUGUGGACGGCCGGCUGACCCCGACCGGCAAGUAUGAGCAGACGGUGUCCACCAGGGAGGCCCUCGACUCCAUCCAGAUGUUCGACUUCCUCGAUGUGAGUCAGUCAGUCGACUGGAAAUGGACACAACCCAUUCACCCACCCACCAGCCAUCGUGAACCUCUCCCCCCUCUGUCUGUCUGUCUGCGUGCGUGUGUGUGUUCAGAUUGACUUCGCUGAUCUGUACAAGGCGGAGGCCAUCUACCUGGAGUUCAACGCGACUAGCGAGUCAGGGCGGAUCGAGAAGAUUGAGAAGUUCUACAAGAUCGCAGAGGUGUCUCGCAACCCCGAGGCCCGCCACGUGGAGAUCAAGUUCGAGAGCGGCGAGUUCAUGACCAUGUCGGACGCAGGCGCCAACCUGUACGAGGCCGGCGCCACGGAGGAGGGUGACACCAUCGCCGUCUUCAAGGGUGAGUAGUCUGGAAGGGAGCCAAAACACACCGGUCUCACACACUUUGCAUCUGGUUCGUCUUCUCCCUGUGUUGUGUCCAGGUCCUGAGUUCAAAGAGGAAGCGAGCAACGAGGAGAACAAGCUGACCAACGAGACCAUCCCGGAGGACCAGCGGCGGCUGCAGGCGCCCACCCGCUUCGGCACGCAGGGCGGCCGGGCCAACAAUAUCUUCUUCAACACCGGACGCCUCUACGACCGCGGCAUCGUCGAUAUCGGUGCGGGCAGGUUCCAGGCGCUCGCCGUGCGCGGCAGGUGCCUCGGCAGCCGAUUCCAGUGCCGAUCUUUUUGAAGCAUAGCGGGGCCGGACGGGAUGGGGCGGGCUGGCAUGUGUGUAUCCACCUACUACUGUGUUGAGUGUCUGUCCGUGUAUGUGUGUAUUGUCAGGGGGGUGGGGGGCGUAUGAGAGUUUUUCUGUGUGGGUCGGAGUGGGGGAUGGGUUGUCUCUCAGUGUAAUGGGCGGGCGAAGGUAAGUAAAGCUUAUGGGUUGGUUGGGUGAACGGAUGGGUGGAUGUCGAAGCGCAUCGUGGGGGUCAUGCAUACAGACCGUCCCUGCCGGCUAUGAUUUAGUCACACGUAGCUAUCUGCCUGGCUGGCUGGCCUGGCGGGGGCACAGGCUCUCUCCCGCCUCGCAGAAGCGAGCAGGCACGCAGACCAGCAGCUGUACAGCUAGCUACACAAAGACAGACAAUACACGACCGCAGCAAAGGGUGGAUCGCUUCUCUAGCUGUCUGCGCCUUUGUCGCCUGUGUGCAUGUGUGGGUGCAAUGAUCCUUUUUAUGUGGGGAUGUCGUUUGUCCGCCUGUCUGCCUGCCUGCCUGCCUGCCUGCCUGGUUGUCUGUCUGUCUGUCCCUCCCUCCCUCCCUCCACCAUCAAUUAAGGCCCCCUGCCUGCCUCCCUGUGUGUCAUUUCAUCGCGUGCCGUGUCCCAUGACCCUAUCGUUUCUGUGUGUGCAUCGCCGCCUCUACACGGAGGGGAUGAUGCAGUGAGCCAGCCAGCCGGCCAGCCAGCCUUGUGAGUCUGUCUGUCUGUAUGGAUUGAGGUGUGUGUACCCACCGCGUUUCUCAGUUUUCCUGCAGUGCGUAUUUUUGUUGGAUGGCGGGUGGGGUGGGGUGGUGGGUGGUGGGUUGGUUGGCCUCUUGUGUGGAUAAAUACGUAAGCUGUCUGUCUACCUAUCAAUGCAUACAUACAUACAUACGUGGUUCGCUCCAUACCAUACAUACGUUCAUUCCUGGCUGUCUGUCUGUCUAUCGCUGUGAGUGAGUGUUUUAUGUGUUCGAAGAUGCUGCUGCUACAGCUGCCAUGCCAUACAUGGCCUGGCCUGCAUACGCGUGGUGUGUUGCUUUCCUGCGGGAGCAGGGUGGGUGGAUGGGAUGGGCGGUUCCGGCUCUUUCUUGACGACUGCUGGGGUUUUGUUUCUUUUUACUGUCCCCACUCUUCCUUGGCUGCGGCGCUGUCUCUUUCUUUCUCGCUCGCUCUCUGCAGAUCUAUGUCUGCCUGUCUAUCUUGUGUCGUGUAUGUAUGCUGGUGGGUCUGCUCGUGCUCUUGCUCGUGUCGCGCCGCGGCUCUAUCUGUCUGUCGGUGUGUCGCUGCCGUUGCCAUAUCAGCGAAUCCCGCUGAAACAGCCGCGAUUCGCUGACGGACCGAUGCACAGAUAAUGUGUCUCUGGAUGGGGUGGGGGUCCUGAAGACAGACGAUAUGCUGACCGCUGAGUGUAUGUAUGGCUGCCUGGCUGGCUGACACACUGACUGACACAUGGCUGUCUUUUAUCGAGAUGUCGCCGUCGUGACUCGAUUGCCUGCUCCCGUAAUCCUUGAUGGAAUCCAUUCGUGACGUUGCCUCCUGGUAUCGUGUUGUCCGCAACGUUUGAGCUUUCUCUUGAAAGAGAAAGGCCCCAAACGUUGCGGGUCGACAGGCACCAGGGACGUCCGGGCACGCCAGGAGGUGUUGUCCCUUUCGAGCACUCUCAGCUGCCUGCCUGCCUGCCUUUUUACAUCGUUUUUAUGACACCUGGAUGGAUGGAUGGUUGGUUGGUUGGUUGGUUUAUCCCUUUGCUGCCUGGACUCGUUCAGCAGCAGACUGAGUGCGUCCGACAGAGAGAGGGAGAUGCGCUUCGUGAGUCGUCGAGUCAACUGUGUGUGUGUGUGUGUUUGCGUGUGUGUGUGUCGUGUCCUGACAUCCAUACUUGCAUGCGUGAAUGACGCUGCCGGUCGGUGUUGAUCAGAUGAGAUGUGUGGAAUGUGUACGAUACGUAUACGCAGUAGCAUACAGCCACGAGCGCUCACAUGCCGUGUAGACACAGUGUCCAAUCACUCACACAUCGAUCGCGAA